CACCAUCUUUCUUCCUCAUUUCAUCUGUCCCUUGGCUUUUUUUUUUCUCUUUGAUUCUCCUGAUCCUUCUUAUUCACCCUCAACGUAGGUCGACACACCCACACAGCACACAGGCUCGGCGGAUUCACAUGCAUGUCUGGUCAGGGAGAAGACGCCCCAGGGCCACCACCCAGCUCUGCUUCAACCCUUCUAACCAGCACCAAUGCAUCUCUCCCAGCCAAUACCGAUCUCACAUCGCAUGCCAAUGUCAACACUAUUGUUCAAAAUCAAAAUCAUGAUACUAUAGCCGCUCAUGGCAAUCGAAGGACGGGGACUAUUGAACAGGAUACUGCACAGACUCAAACUCUGACUCAGGCUUCUCAGGCGCAGGCUCAGGCACAGGCACGAGUAAAACCUCACGAUACUAAUCGAGCAGCAACGACGACUACAGCAUCGACAGUACCUCCCAUGGACAAUCACUCUUCCCGUCACAUUGCCUCAUCCACUCCUCCAGUCUCCAAUAGUGGCAAUGUCAACAACAGCAACAGCAACAGCAAUAGUAAACCUGGUAACACUGGGACUACACCAACUAGUACAGGUAGGACUCGUGGUCCACCAAUGAGCCUCCCUCCUGGGGCUAUAGCUCAGGCCCAGGCCCAGUUCCCGACAAUGUUAACAACCCAAUUACAGCUGCAAGUGAAUACAAAGGCUCCCCCUACAUCGUCACCUCCAACUCUCAACCUCGUUCCUGCGACACCGGGCCCUAGCACCUCCUCCAACAGUAACAAUCCCAAAACCGGUACAGAUCUGCCUACUUCCAAUCCCUCCACGCUUUCCAAACAUAAAGGUCUACCUGUUCUUCCUUAUCUUGUCACGCCCAAGGAAGAAAAGAGUCAUGCGGCCAUCUUGGGAUUGUGGGAUUUUGAUGAAAGUCAUCAAUCUAGUAAACCUACAAGCAAGGUCACAAAAUCUAAUAAAGGCCCGCCCAGUACUUCUGAAGCUUUUGACUCUUCCAGAGUCGUUACGUCAAUGGGUGCUGAAGGCGGUCGAAAGGCUCUACUAGCGCUACAAAGUGUAGCAGCCGAAGGGGGUGAAUACAUCUCAAGCGGAGGGCCUAGAAAAAAGGCAUCUGCUCAACAGCUGACAUCUAAAUUUACGAUCCUUCCACCACCAUUAUCAUCAGCACUAUCAGUCGCAUCAGCACCAGUCUCUUUAAACAGAGAUCGUGAUGGAGAUUCAAAGGAGACUGGAAUGUCGCAAAAUACGCAAUUUGAGUCCAUAUCUUUGCCAGCAACACCUACUGCCACUGAAAGUCGUUCCUAUUGUUUGCCUGAGAACGGUUUUUUCCUUGCAGUUUUGUCUAUGUAUUGGUCAAAUCUCGUUGGACCCAGGAUAGAGCAGAUAUGGACCUCGCGGGUGGGUUGUCCUGACGAAUCAACAUUGAACCUGUUGGCUAAGCAAGUAUUGAAUGGUGAAGUAAUGCGCACCACGGAUACCAUUGAACCAAAGAUGGUUGUCCUACAGGAAGAAGGUUUGAUCGCCAUGUCGUAUCUUUACACUGCCCACCCAUCAAUGGCUGACAAUACUUCAUAUAGCUGCACUUUGGGAUCAACUACAGGAACACUCGCAAUGUCCACCAAAUUCGUCCUCAGUUUUGUAGUGCCGCUUGUGUAUCUGCAAAGUUUUUCUAUCAUAUUGCAUUAGGAAAAGAAGGCGAUCAGGUGUUUGGACGUGAAUUUAUUAAUCGGGCCAUCACAUCACAUCUGCAGACAAACUCCUCCACGGUUGUU